AUGCUGCUGCACCACCUGUCCCACUACUAUAGAGAAAUUGAGAGAACUGAAAUCCUAUCAAGAACCUUUGAGUGCAAUGAGGUACUAACUCCACUUCAAAUUCCUUCCUGUCCAACUGUCUCACAAGAUAGGUAUAAAGAGUUCAGGGAAUCCUUUCACUGCUGCAAGCUUCCCAGGGGAGCAGAAAGGGAGCAUGGAGGAAUUGCAUUACCUGUAUUGCCAGAAGACCACCGGGCAAAGGACAAGUCUCCAUGUACAUUUGUUAAAAGACAUCAACAUUAUGGUAGUGGUGUAGACCCAACUUGGCCAAGACCACUGUGCCUGCCAUUUCCCAGCUCUUAUCCCUACCAGACACAUAUCUCUAGGUACGCCUUGUUCCCAGACUUCAGAUCACCUGAGGAUUGAGACACUGGGAUCGAUGCAGGAGGUCAUCAGCCUUUCCAUCCCAAUACCCCUACCAACGCUUUUCAUGUGGUUGUUUUGAGGAAGACUGGGAACAAGUUAAAUAUUUCCCCUGCAGGUAAUCAAUAUAGGUGUGAAGUUGUUGGUAUUCCCUCUGACUCCCAGAAGGCGGCUGUGCACGAGCUGAGACAGCAAGCAUCAAGAAUAACCAAUAUGCUACGAAACAUUGAAACUAUGGGGAUCGCAACAUACAGUCAGGACUGCACAGGAAGAAGUCCUAUGAAUCCCCUUAUGCUGGAUAACUAUUAUGUGAAAGCAGUUGUCAGAUUAACUGGAGAACUAAGUGAAGACAUGGAACUAAAAGAAACAUUUCUGCCUAGUGUCUCACAAGUGAGACCUCUUGAAGGGCACACUAAAGGUUUACUUCAAGGUUGACAUCCUCAUGAAUCAAUUCUGCAAGAACAGUACUCCUGCCACGAGCAGGCCACUCUGUCUCAGACAUGCUACCAGAAAGUGCAUUAUCUGGAUACAAGACUUCAAAUGAACAAACUUCAGAAAAUCACUGACACAUUGCAAACAGAAGCAUUGUACAGGAGGCAGCUUUCAGGAAGGCCUGAACUUGAAUCCCUUCCAAAAUCUGCAUGUUCCAUUUCUUACAAAGACUUCAAGCCCAGACAUUUGGAUCGACAUACAGUAUGGGAAAACCCAGUUCGUCUAACUGAAUGGAUCCCUAGCUGUGAGGUUCCUCGGCGCCAGACAGCACUGCUGGAGCUGCAGCAUUCCUUCUCUAAGACAGCAGCACAAAAAUCUUUUCAUGAUUCCAUAAAAGGAGAGACAAAAGACCUCAGAGAUAAC